AACACCCUGUUUCCUCUCGGGCCCCCACCGCGGAUCAUGUACCAGGAUUAUCCCGGGAACUUUGACACCUCGUCCCGGGGCAGCAGCGGCUCUCCUGCGCACGCCGAGUCCUACACCAGCGGCGGCGGCCAGCAGAAAUUUCGGGUAGAUAUGCCUGGCUCAGGCAGUGCCUUCAUCCCUACCAUUAACGCCAUCACGACCAGCCAGGACCUGCAGUGGAUGGUGCAGCCCACGGUGAUCACCUCCAUGUCCAACCCCUACCCCCGUUCGCACCCCUACAGCCCCCUGCCAGGCCUGGCCUCUGUCCCUGGGCACAUGGCGCUCCCGAGACCCGGCGUGAUCAAGACCAUUGGUACCACCGUGGGCCGCAGGAGGAGAGAUGAGCAGGCCUCCGGCUGGAAGCAGGAGCCCAUUUCAAGUACCUGGAAUGCCUGUUCUAGAAGCACAGUGACUCUGGGGUCUUUGGAGUCUGCUCAGCUGCUUUUGCUGACUGCGUGUGGUGGACGACAGCUGUCCCCUGAAGAGGAGGAGAAACGUCGAAUCCGGAGGGAGAGGAACAAGCUGGCCGCAGCCAAGUGCCGAAACCGCCGCCGGGAGCUGACGGAGAAGCUACAGGCGGAGACAGAGGAGCUGGAGGAGGAGAAGUCAGGCCUGCAGAAAGAGAUCGCUGAGCUGCAGAAGGAGAAGGAGAAGCUGGAGUUCAUGCUGGUGGCCCAUGGGCCUGUGUGCAAGAUCAGCCCUGAGGAGCGCCGAUCGCCCCCUGCCUCUGGGCUGCAGCCCCUGCGUGGUGGGGGCGGUGCAGUGGGCGCUGUGGUGGUGAAACAGGAGCCUCUGGAAGAGGACAGCCCCUCAUCCUCAUCGGCCGGGCUAGACAAGGCCCAGCGCUCUGUCAUCAAGCCCAUCAGCAUUGCUGGGGGCUUCUACGGGGAGGAGCCCCUGCACACCCCCAUCGUGGUGACCUCCACACCGGCCAUCACUCCAGGCACGUCGAACCUCGUCUUCACCUACCCCAGCGUCCUGGAGCAGGAGUCGCCUGCAUCACCCUCCGAGUCCUGCUCCAAGGCUCACCGCAGAAGCAGUAGCAGUGGGGACCAGUCAUCAGACUCCUUGAACUCCCCCACUCUGCUGGCCCUGUAACCCAGCUCCUGGGGGGUCCUCGUCACUGCCUUCUUCCCAGGGACCAGCACCUUCAGGUGCUCCAGGGCCGUGAGGGCAAGAGGGGGACCCUGCCAGAGAGCUUCCUGGCUCUGGGGAGACCCAGGUGGGAUUUGGCCGUGAGGCACUGGAGGAUUUCAGCGAUCUCGUAGAAGUCAUUGGACCUCCUCCCUCGUUCAUCUUGCAAAGCAAAUCCUGUUUCUUGAAACUCCUUGGAGAACUUGGUUUGGUGGACUCGGGCAUCUCUCUGGCUUCUGAAGAGCCCUGCAGCUGUUGUGGACCGUUCCUGUCCCUUUGUUAUGCUACGUCUCUGGAGUGAUGGUGUCCUUCCCCACCCCACCCAGCAUGCUCAGUGCCUUUUGGUUUCACCUUUCCUCUAUUCGCCCCUUCCUCCCCCCAGUGUCAAUUUCACUUCCUCUUGGUUUUUAUCAAAUUUGCCAUGACAUUUCAUCUGGGUGGUCUGAAUAUUAAAGCUCUUCAUUUCUGGAGAUGGGCAGCAGGUGACUGACUUCUGCUGGGGCUGACUUGUCCGGAAGGGGACAGUCAAUGUGCAAUACAGAACCUUCCCUCCCUUGACACUCCCCGGUCCACCGCCAUCUCCAGGACCACCAGCAGGGCUCCCUGAGCUCUCAAGGAGAUGCUGCCAUCACUGGGCGGCUCGGAGGACCCUUCCUCCCCAUCCUUGGAGACAACUCUUUGGAGGAGCGGCUUGGCCAGAAGACAGGGUGUGAGUGAGACAGCCGGGGCACAGGUUGGGUUUGCCAAAUGCCUAAUGACCAGGCCAAGAAUUGUGCCAACGAGCCACACAGGUGUCCUAGCCAGCUUCCCUUUAGCUGGUGUCUUGAGCAGGACAUCUCCUGUAAUUACUGCCUCGCCAUCCUGCCCUUGGACCCUUCUCUCUAGACCAGGGAGGCGUCCCUCCCUAGGAACCACACAUCACUCCAAGUCCCUACUGGCUCUGCCCUCCCCCAGCCUGGCUCUCAGGGUGACGCCACCCACAGAGAUUUAAUGAGCGUGGGCCUGGCCCCUCCCCAGAUUGCUGCCAGGUGGCCCCUCCCCAAGCCUCAAAGGCACUUUUGCUGUGGAUGGAAAGGUAAGGGAGGAAAGAGGGAGGCAGAGUGGGAUUCGCCUCUCAGUGAGUGAGCUGCUGGGCCUUUUCUACCUUCUGUGGUUGCCUGCUACCUGACGGAGUGCUUUCUCUUACAUACUCCUUCCCCCAGAGUACUCCUCGGGUCCAGCCAGCCAGCCAGCUGUGAACCGCUGGCCCGGAGCUGUUGCUAAGGCUUGGGGCUUACCUGCCAUUCCUGGAAGGCUGCUGAAAUCACAGAUAGAUGUGUUGCUUCCCACUGCAGGAGAGGUGCCCCCUUCCUAUGGGGUGGGGAGUGGGGUGGGGGUGGGGGUCCUCCUGGCCUGCAAGAGCACAGCUCAGCGUGCUCCCUGCCUCCCACCCCUCUGAGCCUUUUUCUCCCGAGGGCAUUGCUCUGGCUCGUCUUCUGGGAUUGGCCUCUGCUGGGCUGGCGCUCUGGGGGAUACCCUGCUGUUGUGAUUCAGCUCUAGAGAUCGUUGUAUGAUAAUUUAAAAUUAUAUAGAUAUUAUUUAAAUCAAACCCAGUGGGGGUUAAAUUUUAAAGUUAGACUUGGGAGAGAGAGCGAGAGAGUGAGCUGUGAUGUGUUAGCUCACUUGCCCCCCAACACACACACACAUACACCCAGGCCUCGAGCUCUGGUCCUUAUUUACUGCCCAUCCCCCCUCCAUGCACUAGAAGGGAGCGUUCAGAAUGGAGCAGCCAGAUGCUUAAAAUACCCAGCCCGCUCUGACUGGAAGUGACGUGUGAAUGGCUAGGCCAUGCGGAGAGAGGAGAUUAAAAGAAAAAGGAUUUUGUCCAAAAAUACUUUUAAAAUGUUAUUUCCCACAUUCCUUGGCUAUGAGGCUGCCCUCCCAGUUUCCCAGAGGUUCUGGGAGGGGCAGUCCUUAUUAGACUGGGCAAUUGAGUUUCUGGCUUCAGAUUAAUCGAAGAAACAGAAGUCAGCCAGGAACAGCAGGAGGUGGGCAAAGAAAACUGUGGUGCGCUCAGCUCUGAAAGGCUUAAUCAUCUCAAGUGGUAUUUGUGGCCAAUUGGGAGCUAUUUGCUUCUUUUUGCAUAUAUAUAUAUAUAUUUCUUAAAUGAAGCUGCUUUGGUGUUUUAUUUCUAAAAGUCCCUCUGUGCCCCACUUUGCAAGCACUGAUCCCGAGGCAGGCCACAGUCCGUGACUCGGGGCCAGGCUGGACAUUCCUGAGACAGAGUUUGGCUUUCGUUCAGAUUUCAGGCUGUGCUGGCUUUGGGAUCAGCAGAAGGCAAAAACUCCAUCUCUCCGUAGGACUUCAGAGGCCUCUAAGCUGUCCCAUUCAGGACCCUCUGGCUUUGUUCUAGGAGGAGGUUUGGUUUCCCCAAAGCCAGAGGUUAUUUGGGGAAGGCUGAAUAUUCACCCCCUAACUCGUGAGCAUGUCCUGCUUUACUUCUGGCUUGUUCUCUGAGUUCAGGCACACACACCACUGUUCCAGAAUCACCAGACACCAGGCCUGCUGCUUUCUCCUCCAUGGCUCCAGCUACAGGAACAGCUGUGGUGGGGGUGCCUUUGUGCUUGGGCUGAGAACUGCUGUGCCUCCCCUGUGUCCCCAGCCGUGAGGCAGCUGGUGCGGACUCCAGUUGGGCUGCAGGCAGCUCUGGGACGGCACGGGGCAGGCACUCCUUGACAGGCUAGUGUGAACCACAUGGUCCUCUCGGCCACCUGGCUGGCCUCUCUGGGAUCAGUCCUCUUCCUGGCUGAGUGGACGGGGACAGCUGCUGACACAGGAAAAGAGAGGAGAUCCCAGGUGAAGCUUAGGCCAUUGCCGGAGCCAGCUGUAAGCAGAGAACUCACGGGGGAAGUUUUCAGAAAGAAAUCAUUGUUCUGCCUGUGAGAAAGGCCAGGUGUGUCCACUAUGGCCAGUCACACAAGCAUCUCAGCCAAGAGCCAUCCGAGGCUACUGCUUCCUUUUCUCAGGCUUUGGGGAAAAGAGUCUCUUCUCUGCUCCCUCUUGGCUCUGAGUCUAAGGGUGGGCUCAAUGCUAUAAGCAUUGGAACUUUUCUCCCCUUCCCUUGAUGGACCAACAGUGCUUCUGCAAUCCCACCAUUUACCUUUCUGGUUGGUCUCCUUCCUGAUCAGAUAUCACAUGGCCCCUUGAAGCAGGAAAGGCGUAAGCACCUACUGUGCUCCCGGCACUGUGUUCAGCACUUUUAUAGAUAUACCCUCUUUCGGAUGAGAUGGAGGGAUGAGGGUAUCCCUUACUCAAGGCCCCCACGUAAUGCGUAAACAAAAACACUUGGAGGUGAGAUGAGAAGGUCUUUCUUCAAAGAUCUGAGGCAAGAUUGCCUUCAGUCCGAGGUUUGCUCUCAAAGACCCAUCCCCCACAGUAUCCUCCCACCUCCAAAUUUCUUUCCCCUCUCCCUCGUGAUGUGCUCCUUUGCACUCCUCAGAUGGUUGGAGGGGUAACCUGAGUCCUUAUAGAAUUUGUGGACCAAUAGGGUAUGUGAUGUGUGUAACUUUUUUUAAAACUAAAGUAAAGGGGUCUUGCUACUUUCUGCUUGUGAGUCUUCUUGGCAUUCAUCUUAAAAGCCAGCAUCUCACUAUUUAUUGACAGGUUGGGGGUGUGUGUGUGUGUGUGUGUGUGCGUGUGUGCGUAUGUGCGUGUGUCUGUGUGUACAUUUCCAAGUGUGCCUCCUGCAGCUUUUAAAAAGAAAACUCAGUUGUCCCACUACUUAUUUGAUAUCUUCUCAUGCUUCUAAGUGUUCUGGCCAUACACCAACAGAGGGCUUUCAUUUUCCAAUGCUGAUGUGUUCAGGAAAGGCUGGGUUAAAUUUUGAGCAGGGGAUGAGAAGGGGAGGGGGAGAAGAAAUUGACAUUUAUUUUAUUAUUUAUUUAAAAUGUUUACAUCUUUGUGUUGUACCAAGCCUGAUGAGAAACAGCAUUAAAAUACUCAGUUCCUCUCUCCCUCUCUUUCCUCAUUUUUUAAAAAAUUUAGGCUAAUGAUGCUCUUUUGUUUCUAAAAUGAUUUGUGACAUGUGUUGUAUAAACUGUAUAAAAAAGGUUCUGUUUUUAAAGAUGGAUUGUCAUUCCUCUGGGAACAGUGGUCACCAAGAAAGUCUACAUUGUGAGAAAAUACAACGAAAGAUCCUGCCCUGUUCCUCAAAAAUGAUUUUCUCUGUAUGAUUAAAAGUUUAUUCCAUUUA